UCUUGUCAGUAUAUCCAUAAUCUUGCUGUCUGUCAUCCAGGGUUUAUAACGUCAUUGGUGUUGGGGAGGGUGGCUUCUUGACGAAGGUACAAAGUGGAUGUUUUAAGUGCUACGGCCCGCAAAACAAGUAAGAAUUUAUUGUUUUCCCUUUCAAGUGAACUACGUUAAUGUAUAGCUCACGGUGAAAUAAAAAGCCACAUUUUGUUGACACGGUUCUCCAAUUCGCAGUGGAGUUGACUUCCUCACCAUAUGGUUCUGUGUUAACUAACGUUGCUAGCUAACGGAUAUUUACAGCAGCUUCAGACUCAGAUUCCUGUCGGCAAUCAUAGUCGUCAUUUCAAUUAUACAAGUUAGAGAGACAACUCAUCAUUAGAUGGCUUUUAUGUUUAUUAGCACGUAGUAAGCUAUCUAGUUUUAUGGAUAACCUGAGUUAGUUGGGUAACUUGCUACAUUAGUUAAAUCUAGUUAGCGAUCUAAGGCUAACUGUAAAUCAUUUGAUUUACCUAACGUUAGCUAGCUACAUUCUGAAGGAAAUACCUGGUAACUAGGGCAAACUCUUGCUUGUGUCCUACUUUGAGCUAGCUAGCCAGAGAUUGAGGAUGUAUGUGGCAGUCUGAUGAUGUUUUGGGGAGUGAGUAUCUGCUCUUCAUUGUCGCUCUGUGUUUCCUGGAACGCCCCUGUCUAAUGGGUGUGAGGAACAGAAAGUCGAUUUCCUAAUGGUUGUCCUAGAUAGCGUUUCCUAGUAAAGGUAUUGUUGAACUGGCCCGGACAUAUUGCAAAAGUGUGAAGAGUCAUUACUUUUAACAGAUACUGUUUUAAUGUCAAAUCAUACUUCGUUAUGAAUCUAUAACAGCACUUCUCUCCAGUUAGGACUAGGCAUUUAACUGUUAUGUAACUUGUGACACAUUUUAUUAGGCCUAUUUUAGGACAAACUUGCCUGAUAAGUUUGAUAACACUGUUUAUCUCUGUACUCUCAGUUAUGUAUUGAUAGCAAGAUAGCAAAACAAAAAACUAGUUCCUACUUUCUCCUCUCCCAGAGUUUUCACCCACCCACCUACAUUCCCAAUAUACCUGCCACCCAGCCCCCAACAGUCUUCACCCUGAGGCCUAAGAGCACACCACACAGGUAGCAAUGUCUUCCGGUAAAGCAGACCGCUAUCGCACACAGCCACGGGACUCCAAUACCCUCAUCCAGACAUGCAGCUCCAACAUCCAGAAGAUCACACAGAACAGUAAGUAUUGCUGCAGAAAGACAGUGGACAAACCCAGGGUAGAAGAUUUAGAAAAUUAAGAUCAUUCAGUCAGGACUUUGUAAUAAUCUAUGCUAGAUGUAUCCUAUAGCUUACAGUUUAGAGAAUGUAUUUUUUCACCCUUCCCAGCUGCCCAGAUAAAGAGCAUGGUGAAUCAGCUGGGGACGAGGCAAGACACCAGCGAACUGCAGGACCGUCUGUAAGUAUUCUCAGUGUUUUGCUUGUACAUACACCGACAAACGUAUUAAUAAACAUGCAUCCAUACACUGUCAAACUUAUUUAUGCGCCGAACACAGAACAGAACAUAUGUGUGUGUUCUAUGUUACUCUCUGAGAGUUUGGUAUCUCCCCUACUGACUUUGGACAACGGUUCCUGUUCCUUCAGGCAGCAGAUACAGCACUUUACCAACCAGCUGGCCAAGGAGACCAGCAAGCACCUGAAAGACCUGGGCGCCGUCUCACUAUCUUCAGCACCUUCAGAGCAGGUCAGUAUCUGUUCCAAUGAGUUUGUGUGUGUGUGUGUGACUGACUCCUCAACGAUGACAUUGGGUAACCUUUGUGUGUUUGAAUGGCUCCAGGUUGAAGUUUCCCGUAGGUACAGAUCUAGCAUUAGCCCCCCCCCCCCCCCCCCCCCCCAAUCCUAACCUUAACCAUUACUGGGAGAAAUGCAAAACUGACCCAAGAUCAAUGUCUAGGGGCAACUCCACCCUACACCACUCCUUGACAGUGACAACUCCUUGACAGUGACAAUGUUUAGAAUGACCCAUUUCUUCUUCUUCUCAACCCACAGAGACAACAGAAGAUCCAGAAGGACCGGCUGGUGAAUGAUUUCUCCGCUGCCCUCAACAACUUCCAGGCCAUACAGCGCCAGGCAGCAGAGAAGGAGAAGGAGUCUGUGGCCAGAGCCAGAGCUGGUUCCCGUCUCUCAGUAAGGCUUUGAAAAUGGAUAGAAUGCUGAAUGUAAAACCAUUGGCAGGUUUUCUAUUUUCAAACUUUCAAGAGGAUAUUUUGCUUAUGUGAUGUCUGGAUCCUCUCUGUCAGGCUGAAGAUGGUGCCUCUGAGGAACAGCUCGUGUCUUUUGAUAAGUACGUUCAAGCUUCUCUCUCUCAAAGGAGGAUGUUUUGAAACUUAUCUACUCCAGGAUAUGGUUCCUGAUUUCUUAAAUAUCUCCUCUUCUCCAUAUGUGUUUUCUCGCUGUCUUUCUUUUCUGUAGCCAAGAUGAUUGGGGUCAGACAACCACACAGAUGACAGAGGAGGCCAUAACAGAAGAGGACUUGGAGCUUAUCAAGGAGAGGGAGACUAACAUCAGACAGCUGGAGGGUAAAUCUCUCUCUCUCUCUGUCUGUAUCUCUACUAUACUAUAUAUCUAUUAUAUCUAUAUUCUAUAAUUAUACAUAUAGUUGGAUAUAUGUUCUAUGUAUAUAUGUCUCUCUGUUAUAGUCUUCUCUCUCUCUAUAUAUCUCUAUCUCUGUCUCUCCUCUCUAUCAUGAAUAGAUCUCUAUGGUCUCUAUGUAUCUCUGUCAUCUGAUCUUCUCUGUCUCUGUCUCUCUCUGCUCUGGUAUAGUAUAUGUCUCUGCUCUCUCUCUCUCUCUCUUCUCCUCCAUAUAUGUAUCUCUCUUCUCUCUCUCUAUUCUCUCUCUCUCUCUCUCUCUCUCUUCUCUCUCUCUCUCUCUCUCUCUCUCUCUCUCUCUCUCCCUCCAUCUAUGUAUCUCUCUGUAUACCAAACAUUAGGAACACCUUCCUCAUAUUGAGUUGCACCCCCUUUGCCCUCAGAACAGCCUCAAUUCGUCGGGGCAUGGACUCUACAAGGUGUCGAAAGCGUUCCACAGGGAUGCUGGCCCAUGUUGACUCCAAUUCUUCCCACAGUUGUGUCAAGUUGGCUGGAUGUCCUUUGGGUGGUGGACCAUUCUUGAUACACAGGAAACUGUUGAGCGUGUGAAAACCAGCAGCGUUGCAGUUCUUGACACAAACCGGUGUGCCUGGCACCUACUACCAUACCCCGUUCAAAGGAACUUAAAUAUUUUUGCCUUGCCCUCAAUGGCACACAUACACAAUCUACGUUUCAAUUGUCUCACGGCUUAUAAAUCCUUCUGUAACCUGUCUCCUCCCCUUUAUCUACACUGCUUGAAGUGGAUUAAACAAGUGACAUCAAUGAGGGAUCAUGGCUUUCACCUGGAUUCACCUGGUCUGUCUAUGUCAUGGAAAGAGCAGGUGUUCUUAACGUUUUGUAUACUCAAUGUAUACAUCUUUCUCUCCCUCACUACAUAGGGUGCUGGUCAAACUAGUGCACUGGGGAAUAGGGUGCCGUUUACAGGGGGUUUUCUGUAUAGAAAAGUAUUGGGUGGGCCACCUAAGUGUGUUUUCAGGCUGCCUAUGCAAAAUACUUUCCGGGAUGGAAAUACGUUUUCAGUGUAAACUUAAACAACUUUAAGUUAUGCAUUCAGGGGUAUUUUUGUCAUGGCAUGGGGCCCCCAUUGAUUUUCUUAUGUUUGAGUCACUCAGAUAGCAUAAGCCAUGGCAAGAUGUGUAGAAUUUCAGGAAAUUAGCAUUAAAGCUGCAUAUAUUCUCUCAGCCCCAUGGCAAAAUGUGUAUAAUAUCAGGAAAUUAGCUUUAAAACAGCAAAACUAUGUCACCGCGGGCAACGGGAGAGCCUCUAAAAUAUUCUGUAAGGGACCGCACCAUUGGCCACGCCCCCGCCACAUCCACCACCUAAGCCCCAUUUUGAUCCAGGAAAAAAACCUGAUUUUAGGAUUCAGCCGGUGCCUGGGGACCAGACCAAUGCCUAUGUUCAUCAUGUGGCAUAAACAGGAAUGCAUUACCUUUCUCGUUGAGUUAUAUUGUGUUAUUUCAGCAUUACCUUUUUGUUGAGUUGUGUUAUUUCAGCAUUACCUUUCUCAUUGAGUUAUAUUGUUAUUUCAGCAUUACCUUUCUCAUUGAGUUGUGUUAUUUCAGCAUUACCUUUCUCGUUGAGUUAUAUUGUGUUAUUUCAGCAUUACCUUUUUGUUGAGUUGUGUUAUUUCAGCAUUACCUUUCUCAUUGAGUUGUGUUAUUUCAGCAUUACCUUUCUCAUUGAGUUGUGUUAUUUCAGCAUUACCUUUCUCGUUGAGUUGUGUUAUUUCAGCAUUACCUUUAUCAUUGAGUUAUAUUGUGUUAUUUCAGCAUUACCUUUCUCAUUGAGUUAUAUUGUGUUAUUUCAGCAUUACCUUUCUUAUUGAGUUAUGUUGUGUUAUCUCAGUCGGACAUCUUGGAUGUGAACCAGAUCUUCAAGGACCUAGCAGUGAUGAUCCAUGAUCAGGGAGAUAUGAUUGGUGAGUCCCAUCACUGUUGUAGUACUGGAGUCCAGUGCCCAAUCAGUGACUUCCUUCAUAAAACCCACCACUCUAAAACAUGGAUUUGAACUCUCUAAGAGUAUGAUUAGGUUUCCGUAUAUACACAUGCUUACAGUUAGAAAGCUGACCCCAAAAACAUCUGUAUUAUUGGAGCAAACUCUGCUGAUUGUCUUGUUUUGAAAUAAAAAUGCAUAUAUGUGUUUAAAAAAUAAGCUGACCCACCAUAAGGCAGAGACAAGCUGACCCACCAUAAGGCAGAGACAAGCUGAGGCACCAUAAGGCAGAGACAAGCUGAGGCAGUGUGUCUGAACCUCUUCUCCGUGUGUUUCCACCACAGACAGCAUAGAGGCCAACGUGGAAAGUGCUGAGGUCCACGUAGACCGAGGGACAGAACAGCUCCAGAGAGCCGCGUACUACCAGGUAAGAGGAAAUAUCACUGUUGCAGAGUAAGACUCUACUACCAGGUAAGAGGAAAUAUCACUGUGCGAGUAAAUUAUACCAGGUAAGGGGAAUAUCACGUUGCAGAGUAAGACUACUACAGGUAGAGGAAACACUGUUGCCAGAGUGAAGACCUACUACCGGUAGAGGAAUAUCACUGUGACAGAGAAGACUCUACAUAAGGUAGAGGAAAUAUCACUGUUGCAGGUAAGACUUAUACAGGUAAGAGGAAAUAUCACUGUUGCAGUAAGACUUAUACAGGUAAGAGGAAAUAUCUGUUGAGAGUAAACCCUGUGUCCAGCUGUAGCAUGGCGCCGAUAAUAUCGAGGGGCCAUAAUUUCAUAGGAGUGUCUCGGCAAUGAGCCAGUGAGAGGAACUGAGCCAGGUGAGAGGAACUCGCUGAGCAAUGUGUGAACAGAAUGUACAGUAAUUUGGGGAAAGCUGAACAUUCUGUAUAUUCCCAGCGAUAUCAUGACGCGAUUGACCAAUUGAGGCUCACUGUAGCUUUCAGACUGCUGGAUUGGCUGUUGUUCCCUUUGCCCUUAGAACAGCCUCAAUUCAUCAGGGCAUGGACUCUACGAGGUUUUGAAAGCGUAUAAACUGAGCAGUAUAAUAAGAGUCUGGUAGCAGCAGUUUGUUUCUGCUUGUCACCUGUCACCAUCCAUCCAUCCCUCUGCUCUGUCUCCCCUCAGCUAAAGUCCCGUAAGAAGAUGUGCAUCCUGGCCGUGGUCCUGUCCAUAGUACUAACCAUACUGGGCAUCAUCAUCUGGCAAGCCACCAAAUGAAGAGAGCCCACCCCCGACCUGAAACACUAGCCUGGGAUGGAUCCCCUGAGCGGUUAAGAGAAGGGGAUGCCCGGGCUAGCUCACUGUUGGCAGGGUCAGAGGUCAGGGGUCAGUGGAGUGGCAUCAGGGGCAAAGGGAUGGGUCUAGGAUGUAAUCUUACCUGUUACCUGACAUUCCCCACCUGAGCUCGAGACCUCCAUCUAACCUCCUCUCUCAUUUACCCUGAGACAACGCAGUAGUAUUUAUAUUCAAAUGAAGGAGAGUAUUGGAGUGAGAUGGGGUGGGGAGAGUGGAUUAAUAGGAAAAUAUAAUCUUAUGAUCUGUUUCAGUUCAUUUUGUGAUAUUUACUGCACUAACACUAACAUUUAUUGUAUUUCCAAAAGCAGAAUUAUUGUUAU